GUCGAGUGAUACAGAUCGAGAUGGAGGCUCCCUGGAUAGCUGCUCGCCCACAUUAGAAAAGCGAAUGGAAGAAUGUGAUCCAUCGAAGUCCCCUACAACCUACAGACAAUUUUCAAGAUCUCGUUCACAUUCAAGAGAACGCAAACGGAAGGACAAUGAAGGGAAGAAACAUCGGAGUCGAAGCAGGAGCAAAGAGGGUCGAAGACAUGGGUCCAAAGAGAAAUCUUCAAAGAAGCAUCGUUCUGAUGACACCAUUGACAAAGAUCAUUCAGACAGAGUCAGAGAGCGGCUUAAUUCUUCAGAAAAUGGAGAAGAAAGACAUCGUCGCAAGGAUCGGAGGCCAUCAAAGGGCAGAAGUUAUUCCAGGUCCCGAUCACGUGAAAGACGGCAUCGUAGUAGGAGCCGUGACAGGAGAAAAUCUCGAUCAAAGAGCAGAGAAAGGAAACGACGACCCCGGUCACGCUCAGGAUCCAGAUCCAGACACCGUCAUAGAAGCGGAAGCAGAAAUCGCCAAAGGGAGAAAAAGAAGAGGCCUGAAAAACCAAGGAGGCAUAGUAGGAGUCGAAGUCGGACACCACCAAGCCCACCAGCCUUUAGAGGGAGAAAUACAGCUAUGGAUGCCCAAGAAGCUUUGGCUAGAAGAUUGGAACGGGCAAAAAAACUCCAGGAACAGCGUGAGAAAGAAUUGGUUGAAAAGCAGAAACAGCAAGAAAUUGUAGCAGUUGCUGCAGCAGGCAGUGGAUCUGUUAUCGAUGUAGCAGCUUUGUUGGCCUCAGGAACACAGGUCACUCCUCAAAUUGCAAUGGCAGCACAAAUGGCUGCUUUACAGGCAAAGGCAUUGGCAGAGACUGGCAUUUCUGUUCCUAGCUAUUAUAAUCCAGCAGCUGUAAAUCCAAUGAAGUUCGCAGAGCAAGAAAAGAAGAGGAAGAUGCUUUGGCAGGGCAAAAAGGAAGGGGAUAAAUCUCAGUCAGCAGAAAUCUGGGAAAAGCUAAAUUUUGGAAACAAGGACCAAAAUGUUAAAUUUAGAAAACUAAUGGGAAUAAAGAAUGAAGAAGAAGCUGGCACUAGCAGAGUAGAUGUGGAAAGCUUCAAAACCUUAAAGCAACAAGAAGAGGUUUUCCGAAACCUGGAUGCUCAGUAUGAGAUGGCAAGAUCACAGACUCACACCCAGAGAGGCAUGGGCUUGGGUUUUACAUCGUCAAUGCGUGGACUGGACACAGUUUGA